AUGGCUUCAUACAAAUCGGGGUUCGACCCACCCACUCGGCCAGGAGAGACGAGCCGAGCGAGAAGGUUGGGCACAUACAUGCAGCAACACGCAGGGAAGCAGGAGAAGUUGGAGCACAGAGAGGCAGAUAUUGCGCAUCUCUCGGGGCAGAUGGAUACAAGGAGGCCCAGUGCGAGUGCGACGACGGGCAGGGCACAACAAACUACGCUUCCAAGACCGAGGAUGCGAGAGCCUUCUCCUAGUACAAGACCUAAGCUAGAAGGUGCCAGGACAGGAAGCAGCAGUUCAAGUUUUGGUUACAGCCGGAAUGCCCCCAAACCGGCUGCGAAACCAACACCAGAGCUCAGAGGAAAGUCAUCUCGGAAUGUACUUCGGAGGAAACCUUCUUCAGUGGCGCAAGACGUAGAAACAUCUCGUCCGAAAGCUGAGAGGCAAGAUUCUUCGUCAUCAGCCAAGGUUUCUUCAUCGUCCUCGGACAGAAGGCCUAGUGUUGAUGCGAUACAAAAAUCAUCGGAUGCGUACAAUGAGAUCUUCACUCGGCCCCCAAGGACGAGGACACCAGCUUCAAAGGAAUCACCACAGAUAUACCCAGAACUAGACCGGUAUCGAAGUAGACCUGAGCAGAAUUUUGGAAGCAGAAACAUCACCGAUUUGCCUCCAAAACUCUCAACUCAAGACCUUCCUCCCCAUAAUCCAAUGGUCUCUGGGACUCCAGUGUAUUCUGGAAGCAGUAGCCAUCAUCGGUACAGUGGCUACAGCGGCAGUGGGUACAGCGCGAGUCCCUCAACGCGAUUUUCCGAAUCGCCUGGACCUGGCGCUUACAGCAGGGACACGACCCCUACCUCAAUCUCAUCUCAAUCCCCUGGCAUCCUCGCCCCAAUGAAGACCACCACAACACCACGAUUACGCCAGGGGAGUCCGGCACUCAAUCGUCCUCCAGUGACCGCGAGACGGAGAGCGACAAGUAUCCCUACUGAGGCUGACGCCUCACCUCAAGGUCUUCCGUCGCUGCGCGAAUCUAUUACUUCUUCAUCCUCGAACUCCACAGUCAAGGGCGAUGGAAAAGGGAAGGAGAAAGAGAAGAAGAAGAAAAAGAGACUUUCUCCUUUGCCUCCCAGCCCGCCUCCUCGGAAGUCUUCGCAGAAGUUCAAGAAACCGAGAUCGGAUGAGCUCGAAGAUUCUCCUUCUAAACCAUCUCAAGCUCCUGCGAGGCCGGUGAUGAUGUCUCCUAUUGAGUCGUCACCUGCGAAACCCGUCCGAGCAGUGACGAGUCCAGUGAGCAAAGCUGGACCUCCAGCGCGACCGAGCAGAGAAGGAGCACCUGAUCUGCAUGCUCAAUGGGGAGAUGUGAUACCCAUUGUUCAGAGCAAUCUGACGGGACUUCCGCAGAACAGAAGGCAGAGUUCACUGCCAUUGCCGAGAAGUGUUGGGACAUCACCACAGCUUUCAAGCCAACCUACUCUUCGACCACAACCUGGAAGACGAAACAAUCCAUCGCCAAGUCCUAUUCUACCUUCGCCCCGAGAAGCUACACCUGCACCAUCGGGACUGGGUAUCAUUCCAGACUUGCGACCACAUCUACCGGGCUCGAGGAGCAUCUCUCGCACGCCAAGUCCAAGUACCAAACCACGCUUCGGUCUCUUCAGCAGACGCACCAAGACCACACCUGAAGUCAACACUCUCGAGAAUAGAGGCUCACGGAAAGGACCCGCAGCAGGAACCGGCCACGAAGGCUACGGCAAAUACGCCACUCGCGGCCGAAGUAGCAGCGCAGGCGGAUUCUCCUCUCGACAAGGAAGCAUAAGUCUCAGCAUCGCCACCUCGUCUUCUCAAGAAAGCGUCUCCAGCACGCGAACUCAUGAUCCGUUCUUGCUACAUCGGAUGAGUCCUGUAAUUAUCGCGGGCGGGGGUGAGAUUAUCGAAAAUCGCAAUGAAGGAUCGGAACUUUUGCGCACGGAGAGUGGCACGAGUUUGUUGCUGGGUGGCGAUAGAGAUCGGCCAAGUCUUGAGAGCAAAGCCUCCGGACUUAGUAAUGAGGUUUCGAGGACGACGUUGUGGCCUUCUGCUAUGCCCCGGGAGCCGAUAUCGAAACGUGCUUCUGCCAUCGUGCCGAAAGGGAGGAGACCGAGUGAUAGCAGUGAUGAUGUCGUCGUGAAGCGCUCCUUAGGUUUCCGCCGCUCAGUUCAGAGACUCGACUCUUCGAUAAGACAACCGGAUCUUCCGCGACCGUUGAACUUUGGAGAUAUGGUUGUCUCGCCUUCGAUGACGAGUUUAGAUGCCAGUAUCCUCUCUGAUGAAAUGGAGAUUGGUACAGCGAGGAAGGGUGUCCUCACCAAGCCGAAGAAGUUGGAGAAGAAACCAAAGGAGACGAGAAAAUGGAAUUUCUUCCAUCGAUCACAGCCCACCAAACCUCAGCCAGAUCCAGUACCUGCUAUGGCUGUCGUGGUUGGUAAGGCUCCUACGAAGGCAGUCCCGCAUUAUGCAUUGCUUGAUUCGUCGGAUGAGCAGGUUGAUCCUGAUUCGGUCAACUUUGAGGAUCUAAUGCACGAUGCGGAAGUUGUUGCCAUGUCGAAUGAGGAAUUGGAUGCGUUGCAGUUUGGCUCAUACAAGGAAAAACUCCGAAGGAACGAGAUCGAUGCCAAUACAACUGCUCCUAUUCCUGAGCCGACACUGGUUCCAGAACCUAGAGUGGAGACACCACCCGCUCCAGUCUUGUUCUCGUCGCCAGAGCCAAUGCAGAUAGCUGAACGACCGAAGACACCUCAAACUGAUUUGCAUCUUACCCAGGAGCCGGCUCGCGUUCGACCAAGUCGAUUACCGCAGGUUGGAAGGAUACCAAAGGUCAUCUCUGCUCGACCCGAGACCACUUCACCGAAAUCAUUCUCACGACCCUUCGCACGACUCAGUACACUUCAACCUCUCGUUCAGCCUCUCAACAUCGACAAGGAAUCUGUAGCUAUUGGUCCCAGUCCACCAAAGCCAUCGACCCCUGAACUUCACAUUGAACCUCAACUUGAAAGUUCUACUCUGCCAACUGUCCGACAAGAAUCCCUCGAUUCAAAAUCCUCACGAGCAUCAACCAACCAUCGCGACUUCCUCGCCUUCUCUCCACGCAAGAACUCCGAAGCAACAACAAGCAGUUCAGGGGGCGGUCUAAGCUUCGCCGAUACCACUGCCGUAAUUCCACUGCCCGAUGAUCCGCUCGAGGAAGAUGAGAUGUGGGAUGAAUACGAUGAUCUUAUCGAGCACGACGAUACAAUCAAAGUUCCAAUUUCAGCUACCUCGAGUCAAGGGAUGCCGUUUCAAUACGAGUCUUACGAGAGUAGAAGGCUGAGAAAGAGCAAGAUUCGUCCGAAGGAGAGUCCUACCCUGACAUCGACGCCUGUCAUUAAGGAGCCGGAACCUCAACCUGAACGACGAUCGGCACUUACGAGCUCGAGUGUGUAUAGUGUGGAUAUGAGCGCCAGACUAAAAGAUGCUUUGACCGCUAUCCCAAGCCCAACAACACCGUUGUCUUUCACAGAAUUCUUCUCCGGCUACGGUGAUCGAAAUAACUCCAUCCAUGGCGACUCAGCACAAAAAAAACGACGCAGUUCCGGAUCCCGGAAGUCGAAUUCAUCAAACGGACUUAUCCCGAUCGCAGAACAAGAUACAUCGUCUCCCAUUUCCCAAGUCAAUCUAAGGGUUGGAUCCAUGACUGUCAGUAAAUGGUUAACGUUCGGACACGUCCUAUUCAGUCCCGCGAGAGAAGAUAUCGACGCUGCCCCCGUAUCAGAAUCCUCGAAACGCCACUCCAUCCUAGUGAUCGAUGGUCUCGGCAAUGAUGAUUGGUCCUUCUACGCCGCAGAAACCUACUCCCACUCAACAUUCUACAACCUCUCCCCGACUCACCCCCCCUCUCAAUCCUCCCCUCCUCCUCACUCCCGCUUCCCCUCCACACCCCCCAAUCACCGCCAAAUCCACUGGACGACAGGCAAACUGCCCUUCCCCUCCUCAACCUUCACAAUAGUAGUCUACCGCUUUCCGGCCCUCUCCCCGCUCUCCUCCUACCGCCACAUCAUCGCCGAAGCCAAGCGCGUGUUAAAGCCGGGCGGGUACCUCGAACUCGCGAUCCUGGACCUGGAUAUGCUGACCAUGGGCCCUAUCACUCGACGCGCGGUGAGAGGGUUGAAACUCAGGUUGUCGGAGCGGGAGGAGGGGACUGCCGUUAGUUUGGGCAGUGCGGCGGAUGAGGUGUUGAAGGUUGUGGGGAAGCGCGGGUUUGAGGGCGUGAGAAGUUGUGUUGUUGCUGUUCCCGUUGCGUCAGCUGUUAGUGGGCCGGUGAAGGGGGAGAGUGAGGGUGGGAAGGGCAGGGAAAUGGAAUCGUUGCCGGAUUUGUUGAGGAGGGAGGGAGAGGGUGCGGAUAAAGAUAUCACGACUAUGGUGGCGAGGGUGGGGAGGUGGUGGUGGGGACGGUGUUAUGAAUCUACCCUCGCGAGUCAAGCGACCGGAGGGAGCCAACGGACUCAAGGAAACACAGCGAGCAGUGGAGGAAGAAGCAUAUUCGACGACACCAAAGUCCUAAACGAGUGCGAGGACUGGGGAACCAGUUUUAAACUCUGUGUCGGGGUGGCCCGGAAACCAAGUCUGGUGAGCAGGAGGAGGGGGGCUAGUGUUUAA